CAAACAUAGAGGAAGAGAGGACUGAAAAAGCGGGAACAGACUACACCAUAAGCCUAUAACUACCUCCGUCACCGCCAAUGCUCUUUUCGUUCAUUGCAAACCCCUCUUUCGCUUCCGUCAACCGUCGUGUCUCGUCGCCGUUGAAUUAUGUAUUCGCCGUGGUUACUAGUUGCACGGCGUGAUUCUAGGGCCCUCAGAUCCGCUUGUUUCUGUCGUUAUAUAUAGGCUGGAAGGAAGGAUCAAGUUCUAGAGAGAGAGAGAGAGGCAGAACUGUGGUAAUGAAAAUUUGUGUGAGGAAAACAGAUAUUAGACAACGCAAAUUACGCACACACUCUCUUACAAUCACACAAACACACGCAGAGAGGAGGGAGAGAGAGAGAGAGGACCGUUGCAGAGAUCGAAGGGUUUUCUAUUUGUGUCCGAACGGACCGAACCAAAGAAACUAAUCCGUCUUCAAAACUUCUCCGUUUCUUCGGAUAAAUUGUGAAUUUCUGGCACAUUUUCUUACUACCGAGAUCUUCAAAACCUAGAAUCACAGGUUUAUCUCGCUUUUGAUCAGUCGGUGAACAUUGAAUGUUCUCUUUUGCUUGAAUAACAUCUGAAAGUUAAUAGGGCUGUAGAGGUUAUGAUCUUCUUUACGAACGACUAAAUUACAGAUCGAAGUAGAGUUUCUGGUUAUACUUUUGGCCUUCAAGCGGAAUUUAACGUGAUCAUACAUACUCUGGCGUUUCAUCUGGUUGUGUUAAGAGAAAAGGUAUUAAUACUUGCUCUGUUUGCUUCGAUAUAUACGAUUUUAGGAGGUCAAGCGUGAUGGAGCAGAAACAAUUUUUGGUGUCGGCUUUGAGUGUGGGGAUAGGCGUCGGAGUGGGGAUUGGAUUGGCUUCAGGACCGACGGUAAGCAAAUGGACUGGUGCCGAUUCCUCCACAAACGGUAUUACGCCUCAGGCAAUGGAGCAAGAGAUGCUCAAUCUCAUCGUUGAUUGCAGAGAUAGCAAGGUCACUUUUGAUGAAUUUCCGUACUAUCUCAGCGAACAGACAAGGGUCUUGCUGACCAGUGCUGCCUUUGUUCAUUUGAAGAGAGCUGAUUUUUCUAAGCAUACGCGGAACCUUUCUCCUGCAAGUCGAACUAUUUUGCUCUCAGGACCUGCGGAACUUCACCAGCAAAUGCUUGCGAAGGCUUUAGCUCAUUACUUUGAAGCCAAGUUGCUUUUGUUAGAUGUAACUGACUUCUCGCUAAAGGCACGUUACGCAGACAGAGCAGUGGUGUGGAUAUUGGAUCAAGGUAUAGUGUGGUAUAUGGCUCCUGAUUAG